CAGGGGGUGGGAUUGGAGAUAAAUCGAGGCCCAGGCUCCAGCCCAGCUUAGGCCGCGUCAACAUCACUUCCUCCUGCGACGGAACGUAAAGUUGAAAGGUCAGCCACGCCAGGAAGUAUCGUCACCGUCCCGAGACUGGAACAAUCUGGGACAGCUUUGUGAGCGCUCUGCCUCGUCAUGAGUCUACAAUGGACGGCCGUUGCUGGAUUCCUAUAUGCCGAGGUGUUUGCAUUGCUGUUAAUGUGCAUCCCCUUCGUGUCCGCAAAGCAGUGGCAGAGGCUGUUCAGAUCGGGCCUGUUCAAUCUGGUGGUGACGUAUGGCAAUAAAUUCUUUUUCUUCCUCAUCGCCCUCCUCAUCUUCCUGAUGUUCGAUGCGGUCCGUGAGAUACAGAAGUACGGUGUUCCAGACAAGGUGGACCUGAAGAACAAUCCCAUUGCGGAGGAUCAUGUGCACAUGAAGCUCUUCCGUGCCCAGAGGAACCUCUACAUCGCAGGCUUUGCGCUCCUGCUCUGGUUUGUGCUGCGCCGUUUGGUGACGCUGCUAUCCCAGCAGGCCACGCUCUUGGCCACCAACGAGGCCUUCCGGAAGCAGGCGGAAAGUGCCACAGAUGCCGCGAAGAAAUACAUGGAGGAGAACGAGGUUCUGCAGAAGAGCCUGAAGGAGGCUGGAAUCGAGCUAAAGGAAAAGGGAGAGCAGGUGGACGUGGAGAAAGAGAACCAGAAACUGAAAACGGACGUGCAGGAGCUGAAGACUGAAGUGGAGGAAGCGAAGAAAUCCCUUCAGAAGUCAGAGCACGAGGUGCUGGCCAUAAAGAAACAGGCGGAGGGCCUGACCAAGGAGUAUGACCGACUGCUGGAAGAACAUGCCAGGCUGCAGUCUGAAGUGGACAGGCCGAAGUUGAAGAAGGAGGAAUAGACCACCCGGCCGACACGGUGGAUUUUGGCGGGAAGGCCGGUGCGGUGGGGUGGUGAUUGUUGAGCCUUGGGGACGUGGGCGGGUGUGUGUGUCUGUGUCGCACCUUUACGUUCCGUCCCAACCAUAGCUUUAACCAGGAAUCAAGUUCGAUUGGACCGACCAGUUUUGUGUUGUGUAUGUGUGUUGUUUUUUUCGUUGAAUUACUUUCCUUUGCUCCUCUGUUCAGUCACAGGAGAGACGAGGCCUGACUUUGAGUUGAGUCGGUGGGACCUCCUGAACCGCUUGGGGUGCUGUCUCUGCCCUUCCCUUCCUCCAGCUCCCUUCCGCCUGUAACAGACCCCCUUCCACCCCACCCUGCCCCACACACAACCUUCAGCGACACUGACGCUCUUCUGCUCGGUGGAGGUUCACCGCCAGCCUCCUCUCGAGCGGGGUCAGUGGUAGGUGAGGGCGCAGUGGGUGACCCCCCCCCCCCUUUCUGGGGUCAUUACACUGCCUAUCACCCCCUCCCCAAUCAACGCACAGCCCCAGUUCGAUUCCCCCCCCCUGCCCCCCACCAUUCCCAACAUCUAGUAUUAUUUUAGUCCCUCGGAGAUCGGGGCCAUGCGCCUGUUUGACCAGCGAGUUGCCUCCCCGCGCCCGGUCGUUGCAGCCUCCGCUCUUCGGACUGGGGUUAAUGGCGGGGCCGCUUGUCGCCUGGGGCAGACUGCUGAGUGGGGUGUUUCGCAGAUUGCAGGGGGGGAGGGAGGUGGUGCGUAACCUGCCGUCCAGCAGCCACUGUUACUGAUUUGUGACGGUGGGGGGGGGGGGGAAAGGUGCAGACGUUGUCCUGUAACUGCUGGUUUAUCAGUAAGCAGUCUAAUCUCUCCCGGUUUGCUCUCUCUCCAUCUUGUGUGCUUUCCCUCUGUCUCGCUCUCGUUUGCCCUCUCUCUCCCCGUCUGCCCCCCUCUCGCUUGCCCUCUCUCUCCCCCCCGCCCCCUUCCCCCUGCCCACCU